GCACAAGCUGAACACAUCUGCUUCCGUCGCCAUGGACCGAUCUCCAUCGAUCGCCGCUAUCGGAGUGAUAGGUCGCAAUAACAACCCCCUUCACAUCUCCCUCUUUCCAGCGACCAGUACUUCAAGUCCUGAAGCUUUCGUCUCUGAGCCUCGCGACGUGAUGGAAUAUCAACUCAUGUUAAACUCAACGCUGGACAUAUUCGAAGCCCGUCUGCCGUCGAAGUCAGCAGGAUCCGCAGACUUUGGCCUGUUGCAUGCAUUAGAUGAGCGGAUAGCACUCUACGGAUGGCUGCUCAAUACUGGAGUGAAGUUGGUGAUCGUUGUCGACAUGGAGGGCCGGACAGCGCCAGACGCGGAGGCGGCGAGGACGGCUGUGCUCGGAUUGAGGACUGGUGACUUGCUUCCGGCAUUCCAGGCUUUGCAAGCAGCCUAUAUCAGGCUUUUGCGAAACCCUUUCUACGUCCCUGACGAUCACGAUCGGAAGCUUACGAAACUGCGCGGAAGCUUGGAGAUUCAGAGUCCUUCUUUCAUUAAAGAGGUCGAGCGAAUAGGGCAAUCUUGGUACCCGGGAUAUUUGAGUGCUUAA